AUUCUCACUUGUCUGGCAUUCUCUCUUGUCUGGCAUUCUCACUUGUCUGGCAUUCUCACUUGUCUGGCAUUCUCUCUUGCCUGGCAUUCUCACUUGCCUGGCAUUCUCACUUGCCUGGCAUUCUCACUUGCCUGGCAUUCUCGCUUGCCUGGCAUUCUCACUUGCCUGGCAUUCUCACUUGCCUGGCAUUCUCACUUGCCUGGCACUCUCGCUUGCCUGGCAUUCUCACUUGUCUGGCAUUCUCGCUUGCCUGGCACUCUCGCUUGCCUGGCAUUCUCGCUUGACUGGCAUUCUCACUUGCCUGGCAUUCUCACUUGCCUGGCAUUCUCACUUGACUGGCAUUCUCACUUGACUGGCAUUCUCUCUUGUCUGGCAUUCUCACUUGACUGGCAUUCUCACUUGACUGGCAUUCUCACUUGUCUGGCAUUCUCUCUUGUCUGGCAUUCUCACUUGACUGGCAUUCUCACUUGA